UUACGAGCGGCAUAAGAGGCGCAACGCGCCUGCGCGCCUGUCCAACAUUACAGUAACGGGUCUGCGCGCCGCUAAAAAGACACUGCGACGAUCUCGGCGGAACAGCUGACAACGCCCUUUUUUUCUCUUAUAAUCUCAAGUUAAUAAUUACCAGUUUUUACAGUCCACUGAUAGUUUUAUUACAACACCAGAGUAGAUAACCCUUGUAAGUGAUAGGGCUCUAGUCUCCAAUACAUGGUCCAUCUCGCCGUGAAGAUUGUUCUUGAGAAGAAAGAAAAGGCGUCUUAUAGAGGAAGUUUCUUCAAGAUAAAACUUCCUGCAACAUCGUGCGUCGUUCCAGCCGGCAACAAUCGACAGAAGCUCUUCUACUGUGGCUCUUAUUGUCUGCAAUCAAGCUUCUAACAUCCGUCUUCAAGUGGAUUUGCCAUCAUCAAACAUUCAUCGAUUGUUGUGACCUGCAUCACGAAGUUCGACAUAACUUGGAGCUUCGCCUUCUGUGGUCAUCGGCACGCAAGUGAGCUAGAGCUGUUAUCGGAGAAGACUGACGAGCUGUAUGCGGAGCGAGAGGUAUUUGAGACCAGCUACUACAGCACGGUUGGUGAGGCGCGCGAGCUGCUCACGCGGCACCGCCGCUCCCACGACAAGGACGCCCAAGCUGGCCAAUCUGAGCUCUGGUCAAAGCGUAUGACGGCGAGGGUAAGCCGCACAGCGCCAGGGUCUUAUUGGACAAUGGAAGCACGACGAAUUUCAUAACGCAGGACUUGUGUAGUAAGCUUAACCUACCAACUCGUUCUGUCACGUCUAAGGUAACCGGCAUAAACAAUCAAGUCUCCGACACCACACGCUCUUGCUCUCUUAUCAUAGAGUCUUAUGAUGGUGGCUACAGGACGGACAUUGACUGUUUCAUAAUGCCUAAAAUUACCACUUCUAUACCAAACACAUACAUAAACACACAUGACAUACCCAUACCGUCAGGGAUUUGCCUAGCCGAUCCGUCUUAUAACGUCCCUUCGUCCAUCGACAUACUAGUUGGAGCAGACGUCUUCUGGAGCGUAAUCGGCACUAACCGAAUACAGCUAGGCAAUCAUAACCCUGUGCUUUUUGAAACCAAGCUUGGCUGGCUUAUCUCAGGCGUCAUACAUCAGCCAAGUCGUACACACACAAAACCAGUUUGUAUGUUCGUACAAGACACACAAGCAUCUACAGACAUGACACGUUUUUGGGAACUUGAUACGAUACUACCCAAGCACGAUUACACAAAGGAAGAACGCGCAUGUGAACUAAGCUUCAUAGAGACUACUAAGCGUAAAAGUGAUGGGCGUUUUGUCGUGACUAUUCCUCUCUGCGAACCUCCCGAGGCUCUAGGUAGCUCAUAUGAGAUGGCUAAACGCAGGUUUUUAUCAUUAGAGCGUAGAUUCGAGAGAGAGCCCACCUUCAAAAAACGCUAUGUAGAGUUUAUGGAGGAAUAUGAAGCAUUAGGCCACAUGAGCGAAAACACAGAACAAAAGACAUCAACGAAGUCUUAUUACUUGCCUCAUCAUGGGGUUGUGCGAGAAUCGAGUCUGACUACUAAACUUAGGGUGGUUUUCGAUGCUUCUGCCGCCACAACCUCCGGUAAGUCCCUCAACUCGAUACAGUUAGUAGGUCCGACUGUUCAAGACGACCUACUAUCUAUACUACUUCGAUUUCGACAACAUAAGAUAGUCGUGUCGGCCGACAUCGAAAAGAUGUACCGACAGAUAGAGGUCGAUUCAUCGCAACGCGCCCUUCAACAAAUACUGUGGAGAGCCGAUCCAUCACACCAACUCAAAAAGUACAUCUUAAACACCGUCACUUAUGGUACGGCUUCCGCGCCUUUCUUGAGUACUCGCUGCUUACUUCAGCUGUCCAAGGAAGCACCAGACACGAAAACGCAACAAGCUAUAGCUCGCGACUUUUAUGUUGACGACUUUUUGAGUGGCGCUGAUUCGAUACCGGAGACUAUUGCCUUAUGUCGAAGUGUUACAGAUACUCUUAUGACUGCCCAGUUCAACCUACGGAAGUGGCAGUCAAGCAACACAGAAGUCUUAGAAUCUGUGUCUAAUAAUGACUGCCCUUCCAAAGUAGUCGAUCUCAGUGCUAAUGAGCUUUCAAAAACUCUGGGUCUUAAUUGGCAAUGUAACACAGACACACUUACCUUUUCAAUCAAUUCAUCCUUACACACAAACAUAACCAUUACCAAGCGUCACAUACUAUCCACAAUUGCUCAGGUUUUCGAUCCUUUAGGACUUGUUUCCCCUUGCAUAGUCGAAGCCAAAAUUCUUAUGCAAAAGUUGUGGAUAGACAAAUGUUCAUGGGACGACGAAGUCUCAGUUGAUAUUAAAAAGCUGUGGCAUAACUUUGCUCAUACCCUACCACAUCUUAACGACACAAACAUUCCCAGAUGGGUAAUGUGUAACUCGCCAUCAUCUAUCCAACUGCAUAUUUUUACAGACGCAUCUGAAAAGGCAUACGGAGCUUGCGUGUACGUGCGCACCGUGGCGUCUGAUGGUUCAGUCACUGUCCGUCUUCUAACCUCCAAAAGUAAAGUUGCGCCAAUCAAGCCAACAACUAUACCGCGCCUUGAGCUAUGCGGGGCGCUGGUGGGAGCACGGUUAUGUACAAAGGUCCUUAAUUCUUUAACCAUAAAGCCCGAGUGCAUAUUUUGGUGCGAUUCCACGAUUGUUCUGGGUUGGCUGGCGUCUUCGCCCGUCCCACUGAAGCCUUUUGUACGUCAUCGCGUGUGUGAGAUACAGGAAGGUUUUCCAGAACAAUCUUGGCGAUACGUGCCCACCAAAGAAAACCCCGCAGACUUAGUCUCACGCGGACUAAGCGCUAACUUAAUUAGCGACUCUACCUUGUGGUGGUCGGGGCCUUCUUUUUUAUUGUCGGAUCCUACCUUGUGGCCUGAAACACCUAACAAAGUAAAGACAACGGACUUGCCUGAUACCAUUACUGUCAAAUGUCUUCACGUGACUGAAAGUCAUGAUGUUAAUCCCAUAAGUAAGUUAAUUCUGGAGUCAUCAAACUUCGCUCAUCUUCAUCGCGUAAUGGCAUAUGUUCUUCGAUUCGUUAACAACUGUCGAAGGACCCUUACAAAACAGCUUGGCUGUCUUAAAACUUCAGAAUUAAAUGCUGCAUCCUAUUCCCUUUUACGUAUUGCUCAGCAAGAGUCCUUCUCGAUGGAAUACGAGUUACUUAAGUUAGGUAAAAACUUACCAAAAAAGAACCGUCUUAUUUCCCUGUCAACCUUCAUAGAGAACGGCAUUAUUCGAGUUGGUGGUAGGCUUGAAAACUCUUUUUAUGACUACAAUGUUAAGCAUCCUAUUCUCAUUUGUAGCAAACAUCAUUUAGCCGAACUUAUUUUCACUAUGUUUCACCUACGGCUCUACCAUGGCGGCCCUCAAUUACUUCUAGCUACAGUUAGACAUACUUACUGGGCGCUGGGCGGCAGGAACCUGGCUAAAAAGACUGUGCGCACAUGCGUAAAGUGCAUAAGGUUUAAAGCACAAACUGUGCAACCAAUCAUGGGAAACUUACCCAAACAAAGAGUACAGUUAGAGUUCCCCUUUAUUGACACAGGCACAGAUUACGCCGGGCCAAUUCUUCUAGCCGAUCGUAAAGGUAGAGGCUGUAAACUUAUUAAAUCUUAUAUUUGCAUAUUUAUCUGUCUAGCCACAAAAGCGAUGCACCUCGAGCUUGUUUCAGAUUUGUCAAAAGAAGCGUUCAUUGCAGCUCUUAACCGUUUUACAGCUCGUCGGGGUAAGCCGAGAAACAUCUAUUCCGAUAACGGUACUACGUUCGUAGGAUGUUUUAACGAACUUUCAAAUAUUCUGAAACAAGAUCUUUCUCAUGAUAUGGCUGGCUCAGGUAUAAACUUUUCAUUUAUUCCAGCGUACACUCCACACUUCGGUGGCUUGUGGGAGUCCGCUGUAAAGUCCGUCAAACACCACCUAAGACGUAUUUUAGGUCUAACACAUUUAACUUACGAGGAAAUGAGUACAUGCCUUAUUCAGGUCGAAGCAAUCCUGAACUCAAGACCUCUUACACCUCUCUCUAACGAUCCUUCUGACCUCACUCCUCUUACUCCUGCCCACCUCCUUGUCGGAAGAUCUCUCAUGUGCGUGCCUCAUCCGCAAAUCAGCAAUGCGAAGAUCACCAGCCUGCAGAGAUUUCAGCGAGUGGAAUACCUCAAACAACACUUUUGGAGGCGCUUUUCUAACGAAUAUGUUUCUUCGCUCCAACAGAGAACCAAAUGGCGUCAUUCCACAGGGCAGUUAGAGCAAGGAGCCUUAGUUAUCGUAAAGGAGAAGAACCUUCCACCUCUGAUGUGGCUCCUCGGCCGCGUCGUUCAUGUUGUGCCUGGUAGAGACGGCAUAGCGCGGGUUGCCGACAUCAAGACAAAGAAGGGCAUCAUCAGGCGGGCUUACAACAUGCUGUGCCCCCUACCAAUCAAGUAAUUUGAACCUGACUCAUCAUCUUCAACGCCGGGAGUACAUGGUUGAACAUUUAAACCCACCCGGACUUACGAGCGGCAUAAGAGGCGCAACGCGCCUGCGCGCCUGUCCAACAUUACAGUAACGGGUCUGCGCGCCGCUAAAAAGACACUGCGACGAUCUCGGCGGAACAGCUGACAACGCCCUUUUUUUCUCUUAUAAUCUCAAGUUAAUAAUUACCAGUUUUUACAGUCCACUGAUAGUUUUAUUACAACACCAGAGUAGAUAACC